GUAAACGAGGAGAUUUGUUCUCGGAUCCCGACCCGUUAUUUUAAUCUAUUAUCGAAAGAUAUCGAAGCUUCCGCCGUGUUUCGCCGUCUUCCCUUGUCGCAAGGUCUUGCCGUUCCUGAAAUCGAAUCGAAGCAAGCGACCACGAUAAUCUUCUGCGAUGUCGAGUGCUAGGGUAUCGAGGAGGGAGAAACCUCGAGCACACCACCACGGGUUGAGCAAGCAGAAGAGGCAGGAGAUCAAGGAAAUAUUCGACCUGUUUGAUACCGAUCAAUCUGGUAGUCUUGAUGCUAAGGAGCUGACAGUGGCCAUGAGGGCCCUGGGGUUUGAAAUGACAGAUGAGGAUAUUCAUCGUUUAAUGUCUGAAAUAGACAAAGAUCGGAAUGGAGCUAUUGAAUUUGAAGAAUUUCUUUUCAUGAUGACGGCCAAGAUUGGUGAAAGGGACAACAAAGAAGAACUUACACGGGCUUUCCGCAUUAUUGACCAGGAUAAAAAUGGGAAGAUAUCUGAUGUUGACAUCCAACGGAUUGCACAUGAGUUGGGUGAGAGCUUUACACUUGACGAAAUCCAAGCGAUGAUAAAAACAGCUGACAUCAAUGGUGAUGGAGAAGUUGAUAUUGAAGAAUUCCUGAGGAUCAUGAGAAGCACAAAUUAUGGUUACUAAAUCUUUCUUCUGUAAUUUUCUUGCUGUAGCAAGAUAUACAUAUAUAGCUUUUCAAGUUGCCUCUGACUGCUUGUGUUUUCAUUAUAUAUCACUCGAGCCCAAGUGUUGGUUGUUUAAUAUAUGAACAAUAAUUAGUUACGAUAUGUUAGCAUUUUGAGUUUCGUCA